CGCCCGCCCCGAGGCCUCCCAUGCCCUGGCCCAGGCCGCCCGCCGGCCUCGCCUUCUGCGCCUGCCACCUGGCGGCACACCUCACCAACAAGUACGUGCUGACUACCUUGAAGUUCACUUACCCCACGCUUUUCCAAGGGUGGCAGACUUUAAUCGGAGGACUCCUGCUCCAUCUGUCCUGGAAGCUCGGCUGGGUGGAGAUCAGCAGCGGCUCAAGGUCUCACGUGCUGGCCUGGCUCCCUGCUUCUGUGCUGUUUGUCGGCAUCAUCUAUGCGGGCUCAAGGGCGCUCUCUCGACUGCCCGUUCCCGUGUUCCUCACCCUGCACAGUGCAGCCGACGGGCUCGUCUGCGCCUUCCGGAGGAUCGUGCUGAGGGAGCGUACAUCUCUUCCAAAGAUCUCUAGCGCACUCUUCGUCCUGGCCGCAGCAGCCUGCCUUCCUCAUCACGAUGCUCAGUUUGAUCAGGAAGGAUAUUUUUGGGCCCUAAGUCAUCUACUAUGUGUAGGGGCUUACAAAAUACUUCUCAAGGCCCAGAAAUCUAACGUGUUAAGUGACAUCGACCAGCAGUACUUAAACUACAUAUUCAGUGCGGUGCUACUGACCUUUGCAUCUUACCCAACAGGUGAACUGCUCAGGGCCGUGGAGUUUCCAUUCCUGUAUUUCUAUCGAUUUCACAGCAGCUGCUGGGCCAGUGGGUUCCUGGGAUUCUUUCUGAGCCUGAGCACUGUGAAGCUGAAAAGCCAGAUGGCUCCCGGACUGUGCACUGGGUGGAUGGUCUUUGCCAAGCCUCCUGCUCGGUGGACUCGGAGAAGCCUUGCUGGUCUACUCGGAGAGGUCGAGCACGUAGAGGAGAGGUGGGGUCGACCCCGGAGCCCUGAGGCAGCAGGAGGAUGGAUCAGCUCCUGUGAGGCAUCGGAAGGAAAAAACCAAGGCAGCCAUGAGAACUGAACUGGAUGUCCCAACCCGGAUGGGUCCGUUCAGUUCCACUUCCCCCCAGGAGGGGAAGAGGGAAAGGGGAGCUGGGUGGCAGAGAGAAACUGAGGCGUUCAGAACCCCCGGCCUGGCCCGAGAGUGACUGGCUGGAGGGCCCGGGUGCUCUCGGUGCAGACUUCAACUCCAGGGAGCCAGAGUUCCUGUGAAGGACGAAACAGUUCUGCUUCUUCACUGUUUUUCAUGCUGCCUCUCUGCCACCAGGCAUUUCUUGAGGUGCAGGCCUUUGGGGCCCGGUUCCUUUCAAGAAAGGAGCCCACGUCCCCCAGGCUCCCAUCCCCGCCUCCUGAUUUAAACCCGAGAGGGGUCCGGCUCUUCUGGCCAGAGUCCAGCGGGCUCGCCGUCCGUCUUGUUUGGCAUCUGAGUUGCCGGCCGGUUAGUGUGAAGCCGGGCUGGACGAGUGACCGUCUUCACCACUUGGGCAUUUACAUCGGGCUUUCCUCUUGCUGUUCCUGUCAGGGUCUUUCCGUCCAGCCUGGAUCACUGGGGAUCGGCAGGUGGAACAGGCCUGUGAGAUGCGGGGGUGGGCGGUAGGGUUUGGGGGAAGCAGAUGACGCUGUGUGUGUGUGCGCGCUUUCUAUACAGAUGUUCCUGGAAGAAGGCAUGUAAUCUGAUUUAUUCCCCAGGGUGCCCGAAGAAGUUCAAAUCAUUCAAUGGGGAGAGGGUUUUGAAUUCUGCCGAGAUUGGGUCCUGCGUGGUGCCGAUGGUGAGGGGCCCGUGUGACUUUCUCAACUGGUUUGGGUUCCCUCCCCCGUCACCCCUGUUUCUCCCCGUUGCUGACCCUGGAGUAUUGUCAGUAUCUCAGACUGGUUCCAUUUUGUUUGUGAAACACGUCUUUCGCUUCUACGUGUUGGAAGCUAAUAAUGGAAGAGGCCUCUCACGUCCAAAACUUUGCCUUUCCUUUUUGGCCCCAAAUCCAGUCAUCCUCCUUCCACUCCACAUCUCUGACCUAGAC